CUCACACACGCGAGAAAAGGAUGGUUAAUGCAAGAGUCUGUUUUUUUUGCUGCUAAGAGAAGUAUCUCCGUCCUUUGCCAGUGCUGGGGGUCUGCAGGCUGCUGUACUGCUGGUGAAUGUCAGAGACCAGGACUGGCUCCAGGUCAGCCCAGGGGUCCUGCAGCAUAGAGGCUUUGUAGUAGUGUUCCACCGGCGCCGGGGACCUGCCCCCGCCGCCGCCGCUGAACGGGGUGGACGUCCUGGGCGAAGCCUGGUAUUUGCGAUGGUGCGGGCUGGGGGAGUGUGUCUGAGGCCCCGGAGACAGUGUGUGCUGCUGCUGCUGAAGGUAAAUAACCUGACAGAAACCUUACUUGGAAAAUGGAAUCUCAGGAUGAAGACAUGAUCGAGUGUGAAAAAAUAACAUUUUCCGAUGCUCUCUAUAGACACAAUAAAGUGGCAAGUCCUACCCAUUUUAUGCAUUCCUGGGAGUCUGAAAGGAAACUCAUAGAUGUUCUCAUCAGACUUAGUGAGGAAACGUACGAUGACGACCAAAAGCAAAUGGAUCAGACCGUUGUUAGUAAUGGAUGGGAUGAUGCAGUGCAUGGCUGGAGAAGGGAUAACUCCUACUUCCUUCAUAAGAAGUCAAAGAAAUCACGAAAGGACGACAGGAAUGGAAGCCACUGUGUGUUCUGUGCAGAAAUGGUGCCCGUCCCAGAAAGGAAAGCCUUUCAAAACAUUGAGCAUUUUAGCCUUUUGUCCAAAUCACCAAGCAGUACAAUAGUGUCCAAUUUCACAGAGAGGAAUACCAACUCCUCUACAGAGCGAACAUCUCCUGUUUCACAAACCAAGUUGCAGCUGUCCGGCUCUGUGGUUUCAGAGAGUCAAACUACUAAACGGACUCCAGAACUUCAUGUCCAAGACACCAAGAAAGAGACUGAAGUUAACUCACCUCAGGAAAUAGAGUGUGAAAUUAUCAAUACAGAACCUGACCAGACACCAGCAACAAAGCAUUUCAGUGUGCUGCCGCCUGUAAAAAUGGCCAAUGGUGACGAAACAUUUGUCUCAGGUUUCAAAACAGGGAGAACAUUUUGUUUGGGCGUACAAAAUGGCAACCGAGAUCUGCAAACUGUGAGUGUAGUGUCGAAGCACAAUAACAGUAAAGACAGUUUGUGCAUUAGGGCCCAUGCUUAUAAUAUGGCAAUGUUACAGGUUAGCAAAAUCCCAAAGGCUGGAAAUUCUGCUCCUGUGCGAUUUACAAGGAUUCCCUUCCUGAGCACCAUGAAUCAUUGGUGUUGGCAAUAUUCUUUGAUGCAAGGCCACCAGAACCUGGCCAUCAACGGUGUUCCAGCCUCCAAAAUAAUGGAGUGCCACAGCAUUAGAGUACAACCCUCCAAAAUAACAAAACACCACACAAAGAACUAUAAGCAAGUUAACUUCAGUAAAUCUACUUAUAGUCAUGGUACUCCAAUUAAUAUACAUCCAAACAGAAUAAAACAAAGGAAUGUCGCAGAAAGAGAUAUUCUCCCAGUGAUUCCACAGCCAGGACCACCACCGUUAUCUGGAACUACCAUACCAAUCUCCAUACUGUCACAUAAAUUUUUAUAGUCUUAUCAAGAUUUCUCCUCUUUGCCCUCCCCAAUACUAGGGCUAGUGGUUAUCAAGAUUGAUCAGAGUGCCUCUCCUGCUACCUUGGCUGAGAUAAACUAACUCAGUACAGACCAUUCUGCAGAUGCCACACCUAGAUUGGAAGGUUUAUUGUGAUGUCACAGGGAACGGAAGUAGCAAUCCAGAAUUAACAAUGUUAUAAUAAUUCAUUAUGGUGAUUAGAAAACAAAGAUGUAUUUGGGAUAGCUAUAUUCACUUACAGUGAUAAAUGCUUCUAUAACUUAAGUAAAAUGA